AUGCUGAAUCUCCAAAAAAGAAUCAAUGGAAUCGAUGACAACAAAAAGUAUAUGGAGACGCGUAUCGCCAUUCGAGAAAAGCUACUCGCUCAAGAAAUAAAAGAUUUGGAGACGAAUCUGAAAAAUCAAAAUAUGUGCAAGCUUUCGUUCCCGUCAACUUCUCAGCUCCAUGAAAUGAUCCUCACGGUGUGCCCCCAGGAAGGCAUUUAUAGAGGAGGCGUUUUCAAAUUUUCGAUCUCGGUACCUCCUGAGUAUAACAAUGUGCCUCCCACUGUCAAAUGCUUGACGCGAGUCUUCCAUCCAAACAUAAAUGAAGAUGGCAGCAUCUGUCUAUCAAUUCUUCGAGAAAAUUCCUUGGAUGCUUUUGGAUGGCGACCGACGAGAAAUCUUUCGGAGGUAAUUCACGGCCUGUCAUCUUUGUUCACGGAUCUCAUCGACUUUGACGAUGCACUGAACAUGCAAGCCGCCCAACUAUGGUCGACAAACCGUGAACAGUUUACGCAUCGCGCCCGUGAAUACAUUGCAAAAUACUGUGAGCGUCGCUGA